AUAUUUCCCCUCUGGAUCAGUAAGGCGGGGAAAGGUGUGUUUGGAGAGGAGACAGAGGGAUGCUUUGUCCCCUUCUCUCACAGGUCAGCUCUCCCAAUCUCCCCCAUUCCUCUCUCCUUCUCCCUAGACCCCACCUUCGCGCUCCCUCAUUCCCGGGCUCUCUCCAGGAGCUCACAUAGACCUUCUCCCUGGAAAGAUGCUAUCGCUUCUCUGUCGUUCCCUCCUGCUCGUCCUCGCUCAACAGUGCUUCAGCAGGGCUCAGAACAAUGGGCAGCUGCCGGCUCCUCGAGCCGGACAGUCCGCGGCUGAGAGGCGUCAGUUCUGCCAGUGGCCCUGCAGGUGUCGCCAGAGAGCUCAGUGCGCCCCGGGCGUCAGCGCCGUGCUGGACGGAUGUGGCUGCUGUAAGAGCUGUGCCAGGCAGAUUGGAGAGGCGUGCAAUGAGAGGGACGUUUGUGACCCACACAAGGGCAUGUACUGUGACUUCUCAGCAGACCAGCCGCGGUAUGAGGUCGGAGUGUGUGCAUACAUGAUGGCGGUGGGCUGUGAGCUGAAUGGGGUCCACUAUGAAAAUGGCGAAGCUUUCCAGCCCAGCCCCCUCUAUAAGUGCACAUGUAUUGCCGGUGCCAUUGGCUGCACCCCCGCUUUCAUUCAGAAGCCUGCCGGUCUCUUAGGCCCCGCCCCACUGAUGGGCACCAGGCCAGCUGGCCUCCACAGUAAACAGAGUCCAAAGAAGAAGCAGCUGCAGGACACGACCUACAUGUCAGCUUACAGGGAUCCUCCUUUAGCCUGGAAGAAGAACUGUCUGGUGCAGACGACGCCGUGGUCUCCCUGCUCCAAGUUGUGCGGCCUGGGAAUCUCAGUGCGCGUCAACAACGACAACAGCAAGUGUGAGAUGAGGAAAGACCGUCGCCUGUGCCUGUUGAGACCAUGUGACAAGAGUGUGCUUAAGGGCAUUAAGAUGCCAAAGGGAAAGACAUGCCGGCCCAAGUUCCAAGCAAAAAAAGCGGAGACGCUGACUCUCUCCGGCUGCACCAGCACCAAAAGGUUUAAGCCCACAUACUGCGGAGUGUGCACAGACAAGCGCUGCUGUGUGCCCAACAAAUCACACAUGAUCAAGGUUGAAUUCACUUGCAAGGGAGGCACCAGAACACAGUGGAAGAUGCAGUGGGUGACGUCCUGUGUGUGCCAGAGGAAGUGCAGCGAUCCAGGGGACAUGUUCUCUGACCUGCGGUUACUCUGAUGGACAAGUCCAGAGAAGCCCAGAGACAGUGGGUGGACUAAGAACUGGGAAAGACAACGUCUUCAGUCUUUAAGUUCUUCCCAAAGAGACUCAAGGCUGAAACUGAAACUAUCAACGUUUACAUUUCAUAAUGAAAGAUCUUUGUUUUUUUAAUGAUAUGAUUAUUAUGACCCUUGUCUUCAAGGACACAUACUGUAUGUGCAAUAAUAACAUGGACUACAGCCAGUGGAGCAGCUGUUACAGCACUUCUAACUCAUAACCUCAUGAUGCAAUGGCCUGGAAGCCUAAAAUAAGUUUUGAGUUUUGAUAUUUAAUCAGCCCAUGAUAUAGAUUAUUAGGAUGUAUAGCUUAUAAAGGUGUACACAAAAUA